CGGAAGUCCCAGUACUCACCGUCACCAUGCCUUUCACUGCCUCUGAUAUCUGCAAGAUCAUCUUCGCCAUCAUCCUGCCUCCUCUGGGUGUCUUCCUGGAGCGCGGAUGUGGUGCUGACCUCCUGAUCAACAUCUGUCUGACCAUCCUGGGUUGGAUUCCCGAAUCGCCUACACAACUCGCCGACCGCCGCUUCUCCGCUACUUUGGCCGAUCAUGCUCUGAAAGAUCAUUCCGCGAUGCGACGUGCGUUCCAUGCCUCGCUUCUUUCAUGCCAUCACGUCGAGAGUCGUGGAUACACCGAAUGUCCCUAG